UGCUGUGCUGCACAGCUGUCACUUUUGUAUGAACUUAUUGGCAAUUUUUAUAUUUUAAAAAGUAAUAAUAUUCUGUAAAACUAGUGUACAAUGUCCUCCGAAAUUAAAAUGAUGAAGGUCUUUAAAAAUUCUUAUACGCAGUUUCGUAUUUUUCACUCAUCGCCAGCCAUAAGUUCUGCAGCACCGGCUGCUAAGGCUAAUGUACAAACAGAAAAAGCACCUCGAAUGAAAAAGUUCUCGAUCUACAGAUGGAACCCAGACAAACCAAAUCAAAAACCAACUAUGCAGGAUUACAAUGUGGAUUUGAACAAGUGCGGUCCAAUGGUGCUUGAUGCUUUGAUCAAAAUUAAAAAUGAAGUAGAUCCAACUCUGACUUUCCGUAGAUCAUGCCGGGAAGGCAUUUGUGGCUCAUGUGCCAUGAAUAUUGGUGGUUGUAAUACUUUGGCUUGCAUCAGCAAAAUUGAUGACAAUCUGAGCAAACCAGUUAAAAUUUAUCCAUUGCCCCACAUGUAUGUUGUGAAAGAUUUGGUUCCUGACAUGACAAAUUUCUACAAUCAAUAUCGAUCCAUUCAGCCAUGGCUUCAGCGAAAAGAGGAGGCCCAAAGUGGUGAAGCUCAAUUUCUCCAGAGCACUGAAGACCGCACAAAAUUAGAUGGUUUAUAUGAAUGUAUUUUGUGUGCAUGCUGCUCCACUUCGUGUCCAUCUUACUGGUGGAAUGGAGAUAAAUAUUUGGGUCCAGCUGUAUUAAUGCAAGCCUAUCGCUGGAUUAUUGAUUCUAGAGAUGAAAUGUCCAAGCAGAGGUUGGACAAAAUGAGAGAUCCUUUCAGUGUUUUCCGUUGUCACACUAUUAUGAACUGCACCAAGACAUGCCCCAAGGGAUUGAAUCCUGGAAGAGCUAUUGCAGAAAUUAAAAAAUUGCUUGCUGAAUUUGCUGCUAAGCCAGCACCAGGUCUAGAAACUGCAGCCUUGCACAAAUCAGCCGGCCAGGUUUGAAAAUGUUUUGAUAACAAUGGUUAAUGAUUUGAUAUAUAACUAUAUUUAUUACUUAAUUAUGAAAAUGGUGAAAUCGCACACUUUUUUAAUAUCAUGCAUUGUGCGAAGAGAUGUAUUAGUAAAAUUUAGAAUCUAUUUAUCACAGUUUAAAUAAUUUGUAUUUUUUUAAAUUAUUAUCCAUAUAUGUAAAUAUACAUCAUAUAUUUAAAAAAAUCAUGAGCUGCUUGUUGAAGCACAUUUAGAACAGGUUUUUAUCAUCGCAAUAUUUCACAAUAAGAGGUAUUACAA